AGCCUCCAGCACACCUGCAGAGCAUGGCAAGCAUUCAACCCACAUACCAACAUGGGGACAAAGGAUGCAUUUUUAUGGAGCGCUGAUCCUGUUUGUGACUGUGUCUGCGGCAUGCGGACUGACCUGCUACCAAUGUCUAGGCAAAGGCUGCACUAACGAGGUCACUUGUUUCCCCGAUGGGGAUCGUUGUACCAGCAUCGACGUGAACGGUCUUGUCACCAAGAGCUGCAUGAACAGUGGAGCAUGUGUUCCACCGAUAACCUGCUGCUCCACUGACUUGUGCAACGGAGCCACACCCGCCGCCUCCAGCAUCCUCCUCCUGAUGGCAUCAUCGGCCAUCGUCACGCUCUUUCUCUGAGCUACAGAUAUUAAAAUAUAUAACAAUAUUUGUCUUUUAUCACCAAUUUGUACAAUUGAAGAAGAAUAAACAAAGCCUUGAAAUUUUGACAUUAAUGUGUACGGUUAAAAACUGCUUUUCUAUUAAUCAUAUUAUGAAUGAUUCGAAAGCUAAGUGAGAUUGGGAGUUAAAUGCUUAACCAGUAUCAGCACAUCCUUGUGUUUUUCACUUCCUCCUUGAGCCCAGUGGUUAAUCAGUGACAGCAGACCUUUUCAAAAGUCAACAAACUGCCUCAAUUAAAGCAAAUCUAGAGUU